CCACACAAGUCACACAGCACCAGCAGGUCGCCGCCUGUUUCCCCGCCUACAGAUAAUUCCAGAAGCAUGAGGAUAUUUACCGUCGCUACAUUCACAGUCUGCUGUCACUUGCUAAGAGCCUUCACCAUCACGGCUCCCAAGGACCUGUAUGUGGUAGAAUAUGGCAGCAAUGUCACGAUUGAAUGCAGAUUCCCGGUAGAACACCAGCUGGACCUGCCCUCCUUAGUUGUCUACUGGGAGAAGGACGACCAACAAGUUAUUCAGUUCGUAGAUGGAAAGACAGACCGGCAAGACAGUAGCUUCAGGGAGAGAGCCUCGUUGCCAAAGGAACAGAUUUUAAAGGGAAACGCUGGGCUUCACAUCACGGACGUGAAGCUGCGGGAUGCCGGGGUUUACUGUUGCAUGAUCAGCUAUGGCGGCGCAGACUACAAGAGGAUCACACUGAAAGUCCAUGCCCCGUACCACAAAAUCAACCACAGAAUUUUCAUGGAUCCAGCCACGUCCGAGUACGAACUAACAUGUCAGGCUGAGGGCUACCCAAAAGCUGAAGUCAUCUGGACCAACAGUGACAACCAAUCCCUGAGUGGCAAGACCACUGUCACCACUUCCCAGACAGAAGAGAAGCUUUUCAAUAUGACCAGCACUCUGAGGAUCAACGCAACGGCUAACGAUGUUUUCUACUGCACGUUUUGGAGAUUACAGUCAGGGGAAAACUACACAGCUGAGUUGAUCAUCCCAGAACCACCUGCAGAAUUUCUCCCAAAUAAGAGGACUCACUGGGUACUUCUGGGACCGCUUCUACUGUUGUUUGUUGUAGUCCUAGUCUUCUUCUGCCUAAGAAAACAAGUGAAAACCCUAGAUGUGGAGAAAUGUGGCUUCGAAGACACAAAGUCAAAAAACCAAAACGAUACACAGUUCGAGGAGACGUAAGCAGCACGGAAACCUCUGAUCUUCGAGGCGGGAUUGGCAGUCUGUGGUCUGUGAAUGAAGGGGCCCUUGGGAUGUGGGUCCAAGGACUCGAAAUGGAACCUGGGAAGACAAGAGAAGAGAGAAAAAGGCGAGCCUGGGAUAAAGGACAUUUCUGCAGGAGAUACCAACAAGCAAGUUACCCAUUAAUCAUCUUGGGAAAGUGGGCUGAGAACCCCUGGCUCAACAUCUGGCCCUUGCAGAAGUGCCCUUUCCUUCCUCUCGGUGCCUGGAUGGGCAGCGGAGAGUCACAAGUGUGGAAGUAUGAGUGUUCCUAUUUAUUUUGAGUUUGUGUAUGCUUGUUGUGGGAGUGUGGUUGUGCCUGAUGCGUUCUAAAGACAUAAUAGAUGCUAACAUACAGUCACCAAACUCUACUGCUGCUUACCAUCUUGUCCACAGGCAGAAACGCAUGUGCACGUGUGAGGUGCUUGGUGUCCUCUGUGACUACUGGUAUAAGCGGGACCAUGCUUGGUUCAAUAGGGCUCUUGCUAUUUGACUUGAAUAAUCUUUAUUCUCAGUCCUUGAGGCUCUGUGGUAGUAAUUGUUCCGUUGAAGUGUCAGUUUUACAAGUGUCUGAUACUAUAUGCAACAAUCUCAUUUCAUCUCCAUAGCAACAACCCUCAGGGUAACCUCUAUUAUACUCACUUCAUAGCCCAAGAAGCUGAGCAAUUAAGUGAUUUGCCUACAGAAUAACAGCUAUCAGAUUUCUGUCCUUCAGCCACUGUCCUUUCAGGAUUCAGUUUGUAGCUAAGAAAUGAAUUUAAAAACUGCCUAAGUAGCAUUGAUUUCACACAGCCUUGUGUACCAUGCUGGCCCUGAGCAUAGAGAUGCAAGCCAGGGUACUGGUUGGAUAUGUGUAUGCAUAUGCUUAAGUUCAAUACUCAAAGCAAUGUUCAUUAACAAGGAGUCUAUAUUUAAAAGACUCUGGAAGUAACUCUUGAGUUCCUUGUCUAGCAUUAGAUUUACGUCUUAUUUGUUACCUUCUUCAUACAAUCUCACAUCCUCUUUGUAAUAUCUAGCAUUGCUUAAAAGUUCUUUUUUAUUUUUCUAUCUAAAUGAUAUUGAGGGUUGGGGAGAUAGCUCAGCUAUAAAACACUUUCCUCAUGAGGUAUAAAACCCUAAGUUUGUUCCCCAAAACCCACAUACAAAAACAGCUGGGUAUAUCUGCAUGCGUUUGAUCUCAGCACUAGGGAGGCAGAGACAGGCAGAUCCCUAACUCUCGUUGGCUAGCCAAUCUAGCCUGCUUGGUAAGCGCCAGGCUUAUGAGAGCUGAUACCUCAAAAGAUGAUGUAGAUAGUGCCUGAGAAAUGAUGCCUGCAUACACACAUACACCACACACACAUGCACACACAUGUACACACAUGCACACACACAUGCACAUGAACACACAUGCAAUCCAAAUACAUGUCAAUAGGGUGCUGACUCAGAAUGGUCCCAAAGACAAAAUAAAACUCUAUUCCAUCGCCCUAGCCUUGCUAGCCCCUUCCCAGAAGCAACUGGUGUUGCUUUUUGCACAUAUAUUUUCCCAAAGAUGAUUAAUAAGUAGAAAUAUAUGUUAAAGUACCUAUAUUUUUUUAAUUCCUAAAUAGUAGCUCACUGUGUAUUUGCAUAUUUACCCUUUUUAUUUAAUGUACUGAUCCUUAUGCAGCUGCUGGAACCUAUUUAAAGAUCCAAGAAGGGAACUGCCCCCUUUCUAGGGUUUUCCUUCCCAUCCCUACAGAUGUCUCUCAUAGUGCCUAGGCCAGGCACUGUGUCUGUUGUCCCUACCUGUAAAAUACCAUUUGUAGAGCACUUACUCACUGACUGAGUUUGUGUUUGGUUUAUUUUAUGUCUGCUCAAAGGGAGACCAUGAGUCCCCAGGGUCCACUGGGUCUACCCAACACCGAGGAGUGGGUAGCCUUCUCCUUCACUCAGCACACCGAGGAGUGGGUAGCCUUCUCCUUCACUCAGUACACCGAGGAGUCGGUAGCCUUCUCCUCAGUCAGCACACCGAGGAGUCGGUAGCCUUCUCUGUCACUCAACAAGACGCAGAUCUGGCGCAGUGCUGGCACUGCUGUUUUCCCUCUGCUUCUUUUCUCAAACACAGAUGCUCUGCUUGCUUAUCACAGGUUCUCCCUGGAAAUCCCAGCUUUGCUCCUCCUGCUGGUUGCCCUGGACCUGCCCUUGUACCAGGAAAAGCCCCUUAGCUCUGCCUGAACCCUUGAAGGUCACUGCCUCUCAUUGCCACAGGGGCCUCAAAGAUAAUGUUUUCUUGAGGGAGGAGGGGAGAAAGAGCCCAGAGCUUUCUUUCAGUCCUCUUUGUCUGGUCCCAUGUCAGGGGUGAAGAAACAGACCAGGUACGGUGGUGCAUACAAGUCUCUAAUCCCAGCCUUCGGGAAGAGAAGCAGGCAGAUCUCUGUGAGUUGAGGCCAGCCUGGUCUACAUAGAGCCCAAGCCAGCCAGGGCAACAUAGUGAAAUUCUGUCUCAGAGCUAAGACUGAUGAAUCAGAACCCCCAAGGGAACCCUUCUGUUACCCGUUCACGGGAUGAUUCUCAUGGCAAUGUUCUGUUUGUAUGAAGUUUAAGAAAAUAUGUAGUCGAGCGAGACUCCACUCACUUUAUUUGAAAUCUUAACACCGUCUCACGGCGUUGGAUUGUAACGGCACUUUAUACCUUUGUGUUGUGGGUCGCCCUACAUGUAAAUUUUAUUUUGCAUCUAAUUGUCAUUGUAUUGCAUUAAUUUAAUAAAAUAUUCU